CGCCAAUCUUUCCAAGGCCGACGCCGCGGCAACUUCGAGCUCCUAUCUUGCCAUGGGCUCCCUUCUCUCGACCAACGAGAACGUCGACGGAGACUGUAUUAUCAUGACACCUCUAGAGAUCACAGCGUUCUACUCGAAUCUACAGACGUUUGUUGCUGCCAAGUUCGACAAGAAGCACCGCGUGAAAACGUCGGCGACCGCGGCUUCAGUCCAGGCAAUCCUUGUCCAGCAGGUCCAUCCAUUGUUUGUCCCUCCCGUUGAACCGUUGAUUCCAUUUGGACGCUUAUCUCGUGCGAAUUCGGUCGAUUCGCUCCAUGCAGAUACGCUAUCCCCAGAAGAGGAAGCAGUCAAAACCCUGAACGGUCGUUGCGACCAUGACACCGCCGCGCUCUUCGCAGCAAUUCAAGCAUUCGAGGCUUCGUGCAAGUCGCCAGACGAAUUCUGCCAUGGACUUGCGCAUUAUAAACGAGCAGUCAAGUUAUGGUCCAGUCACCUCGCGACAUGCAAUUCCAAUCUGGACGCGAUUCCUAAGAUCUUGACUGCCAAGGCCGGCAUUGCUGCAGCCAAGUUCGCCUACCGUCAUCCAACAAUGGAUGCUCGGUUGGCCCAGCUUCACAUCGCCAAGGUGCUGGAAGAAGGCACGCCAUUUUACUCGCGGACGUUGAGCCACCACAUAACGCUACUGGAGAAGCAGCAGGCGUGGGAUGAAAGGCUCAUGUGCAAAAGCGCCAAGGACACGAACCAACUCAGCGCAUUCGUCGAUCGGAGCGUGAUCGAGACGAUCUUUAACUUGGUGUCGCUGGCCCCGUUCUUCGAAGACAACCUUGUCCUGGAAGCAGUGGAGGUGGCCAGUUUGUUCCAGGUCCAUCCAAAGCAAUUCUGGUGGUGUGUCGUACACAGCUGUGUCAAGACAAACCAGUGCGAGCUAUUGCUCUGGAUGAUGCCAGAGACGCCGAUUGUGACGAGAAGUGAGCAUGUCGAUGCAUUCGUUGACGCAAAACUGUUUGAUGCCGCCAAAUCAAUCGCUCGGGAUGCUAAGGACCCUGGCGAGCAACGCAAGCUUUUCGAAUCCAUUCAACGCGCCAACCUCUCGAGUCAACAGCCAGACAUGGAGCCCGCCCCAGCGCGGCAAGUUGCUGUUGCCAGCCACGAUGGUUCCAUUUAACCACGCUUAUGAACCAAGCAACGCCUUGGUGCACAAUGCCACGUCAGAGGUGGGACUCACCGCAUUAGGAACACACCGCUCUCCAUGGUUUCGCCCCGUACUCGCUCUAACAAAACACACUCCUCCGCAGCUACAACAUCGGCUACGCUUGCAGAGAUGCCCACCGCCCACCGCACGCUGCUCCAUCGUCAACCCGUCGCCGCAACUUGGGGUUUCCUGCAGCCACAAGAUCGAUCGUGCAAUAAAAUCGUAGGAGUGAUGGUCUUUCUCGCACACUACCCAACUUCCAGUUACUUAAAUGAAGGGAAUUGCUG